CCCGACGACUCGGACGUGUAGUAUUCCGGAGUCGGGUUCGAGUAGUUGACGGACUCUCCCGACGCGAUCGUCAGAAGCGAUUUGCACAGCCCGAUGAUGGCGUGGAUCAGGCUGAGAAUCGACAGGAGUAUCAUCCUUAUGGCGUUCUCGAAAAUCAUCAGAACGUCUCGAUGUUGGCCUCUUCACCCGCUGUCGGUCCCCGUGCGUCCCCGCCGAUGGAUCCAGUCGGUGCAGUGAGCAAUUUUCUAUCGACUGAGUCGAGAGAUCGGAUCGAACGUUGUCAGGCUGGUGCCAUCCUCUCCGUCGCUCAGUCCUGCGAUAAACUUUGGCCACAUUCCGCAAGUGCUCGAGGAGUGCAGGAGUGGAUUCCGACUAGACAGAUAAUUACUCAUGGGGCUCUUGAAAAAGCUCGAAAUUGACUACUCUGAGCAGAAUUCCAGCAGAAGUGGCACAGCUGACGAGACCGAGAAUACAGACGGCGAUGACUUCCCCUGGCGAGUACUCGACAAUCCGGUUUUCGCCAACAGACCCGAGCUUUGCCGAUCGACUUCUAUCCCGGGAGUUUCAAGAAUCCUAACGAAUGGCGUCUCCAGGAAUCGAGCGGAAGCGAAACAGGCUACAGCUGCGGCCAAACUGCCUCCGAAACCUGCGGCCCCCGAUGCUGUCAAGCGUUUACAGCGUUCGAGCUUAACGCCGUCGACGUCAACUUCGACUUGCACGACUGCGAGGAGAAAAAUACCGGAGAGAAGGUGGAGGUCCAGGUUAAGGGAAUCCGAGAGGUUUAGGAACGUGUUCGCACCUCUUUGGAAGUUGCUGUCUCUUCAUUAGUCUGCGGUCGACGGCAUUUGGACCGAGUCCUUGCCCAAAUACACCCACUCUCGGUGAUGCCACAUGUAGACCCUGGCGGCGUGGAAGUAGUACGGUAGAUACUCGUAGCUCUUAUGUUUGUAGCGGACCAGAUAGUCGCCACAUUCCAGAGGCAGCGCCGGGUCGUAGAAUUGCAGCAUAGGCCUGGCCACCUCCUUCUGAUGGUGAACGAUCAGGUCCGUCUCUCUGGGUUUGAAGUGCUCGUCCACUCUCCCGGGUUGGGUGCCAUUGUACUCUGGCUUUUCUGCAUCUUGAUCCUGAUUUGCAGUUCCUACAGCGGGUUCUGCCUCGGCUGCUUGUGAAUCUUGCUUCAGUGAUCUGAUCAGCUGUAAUCCGCAUCUAGGCCUUCGAGCCACGUUCCGAAGGCGGCGACCUCCGGCGGUGUGAUGGGUGUUCCGGAUGCGUUCUAAUGCAUCUCGUCUAGCUUGCGCUGGGCUCGCUGCUCUACGGUGACUCGAAGUAUGCUCCGUCCAUAUUCGAGCUAUUACUCGACCCCGGACUGGAUCUGGUCUAGAUCUGCCUUCCAUGAAUUGCCUUAUUCACGUGUCGGUCUCGGAGAUGUAUGAGAGAGUGAUUUCUGUGUUGCAGAUGGAUCCUUCACUGUAC